AUGAAACUUAAUGUUGAGUCUUUUACAAGUGAUAUGGAUUUGUCAGCAGAUAAAAAAAUAAGAUCAUUUUACUCAUAUAAACUAGUCUUAAUAGCAUUUGAUAUAAAUAAAACAAUAUUAUACGCGCAUAAAAAAACAAAGCUUCUUAACUUGAAUCUAGAAAAAAAUUUAGAAAAUGUAAAAUCAAACGAACAUAUAGAAGGAUACGACAUAUAUUAUCGUAAUGGUCGUCCAGAACUUUUAGAUUUUUUAUUUGUUGAAAAUGCAUAGCUUUUUGAUAUAGGAGUAUGGAGUUCUUUAGACAAAGAUUAUACAGGUCAUUUUGCUAAAAGUUACUUCGGAAGAUAUUAUAGGAAUCUUUAAUUUGUAAUUGCAUGUAAAAGAGAAACAUAUGAAGGUGUUUUACGUUAGACUUCGGUUGAACCUUUAUAAAUACAUAGAGAUUUUAAAUAAUUAUAGGAAAAAUUUUAGGAUUAAUAUACGAAUAAUAAUAUUAUUAUGAUUAGUAAUUAUCCGAAUUUAACUGAUUCCUAUACCCCUAAUGAUAUUAUUUUAUCGAAAUAUGAUCCAAUUUAGAUUGGAAACAUAUUCGGAAAUGAUUUAGAGAUUACUACUUUAAUAAAAUAUUUAAGAGGGCUUAAAGUUUUUGUUACUGUUAAAAAUGUUGAAGACGUGAGACCCGUUAUUUAAGCGAAAAGCUUUAAAUAAACAUAUAAUAGAAUUCUUAAUAAUCAAAGAAAUUAUAAUGAAAUAAAUUGA